AUGGCUCGACUUCCGCGCACCGAGAGGCUCCCCCUUGCUGCUCGCAAAGAUGUCCGAGAUUCUUGGGAGGUCAGGAGGGGCGAUCAUGAGGGAAAUCUCUCUAGAAUACUUGACCAGCCUUGGACCAUUGUCGUUGACCCAUUAGCCAUCCACCCUUACGCCCAAGGUUCCUGGUGCGAAUCUUCCAUCGGAUACGUCAUUGCCAGUUAUGUUGAAGGUGCUUUUGAUCGAUUGCGCGAUUUUGUUGAUCAGAAUGGAAACGAAGCCAGGGAUGAGAUCAACGAGAUAUGUUCCGCUCAUGUUUUAACUAUCGACCAUGAUGAUACAAACACCGUCUCCUACUGUGGUGUCAAAGUCUCACCCGAGAGACAGCUUGUUAUUCUCUUCAGCGGAAACAACCUGGGAACCAAUGCAAGUGAUGCUGCUAACAGCAGCAAUCUCACCAAAGCGCUGACCGACGUCCCUUCGCCAAGACCCAUGAACUUCACUGCCAGAAACUCGAUCAGAAACGGCUACAACCCUCGUAUCGAACAGAUCCAACAAAGACUCAAAGAGAUGCUUCAGCAGGAUGUCUCCCUUGUUCCCAAUUUCGAAACAAAUUUCGAGAGGCAAUACCAGUGCUUGUAG